AUGUUUCCCUGGAUGAAGAUGCUCCUUCAACAAGUAGAUCUAAUAAACUUUUGCGUAAAAUGAGCAAAACAGGGAAACCUAUCCUAAAAACAGUUCCCUUGGAUGAAGCAGAGGAUACAUUAGACCCAUCUUCCUCUUUAGUCCCAAAAAAAGACACAAGAAGAAUCUGGAAGGAUGAGGACAUUGAAGAAUUUCAAGUUCCAGAUGCAAGUUUUGAAACCCCUGACGCCCUACAGUCCCCAUUCCAGUACUUCAAAAUGCUCUUCACUGAUGAAAUGAUUGAUCAUAUUGCCUAUCAUACCAAUCUGUAUUCUGCUCAAGAGUUGGGGGACACAAUCAAGACUAGCCCUAAGGAAAUUGAAGAUUUUCUGGCAAUCCUCCUAUUCAUGGGUGUUUUCAACUUUCCAUCGCUAGAGGAUUACUGGCAGCAUGAGUCACGUUUCAGUGUGAUAGCAGAUAUCAUUCCAAAGAAGAGAUUCCAGCUUUUGCGCUGGUUCAUUCAUUUCAGUGAUAAUCAGCAGUGCAAUGAGAGUCAAGACCGAUUUAAAAAAAUCAGACCUCUCUUUGAUAUGCUUUGUGAGCAAUGCCUCCAGAUACCAUCAACAAAUAAGCACAGCGUAGAUGAGGUCAUGGUAGCAUAUAAAGGCACAAGGGCCGGCAAUCUCCGUCAAUAUAUUGCCAACAAGCCAGACGAAUGGGGCUUUAAGGUGUUUUGCCGAGCAAAUUCAUCUGGCAUCAUUUAUGACCUGCUGCUUUAUCAGGGACCUUCCACAUUCUUCAACGUUACCCUCAGUGAAGAGGAGCAGAUGUUACCUUUGGGAGCCAAAGUGGUGACAACACUUUGACAAACCAUAACACAGCCAAGGCUUUCUGUUGUGUUCUGUGACAACUAUUUUUACCAGUUUUAAACUGGUCCAGCACCUAGACACCUCAUUGGGUGUCAAGUGCAUUGGCACUGUUCGACCAAAUCGCACAGGUGGAGCCACUUUGAUGACAGACAAAGAGCUGAUGAAGAGAGGGCGUGGAGCUUUUGACUACAGGUCUGCUGAAGGUGUGAUCGCAGUUAAAUGGUUUGACAACAAAUGUGUGAACCUGCUAAGUAAUGCUUCUGGGAUCAUGCCACUUUCAACUGUCAAACGCUGGAGCAAAGAGUCCAAGGCGAAAGUUAUGAUCCCAUGCCCAUCACUCAUCCCUGCAUACAAUGAGCUUAUGGGAGGGAUAGAUCUCUCUGACAUGCUGGUACACCUGUACAAGACCCCAGCCAAGUCUACAAGAUGGUACCUGCCACUCUUUGGUUACAUGCUUGAUCUGUCCAUUGCAAAUUCCUGGCUGGUCUACAAGAGGGAAUGUGGACAACUAAACCAGAAACCAAUCACACUCAAAAGAUUCCGCCUGGCAGUUGCGCAUAGCUUGAAACAAGUCAACAAGCCAGCAUCCAAAGUUGGCCGACCAUCAUCCAGCUCUCCACCACCACCAAAGAAACGAUACACCCCAAGACCCUUACAACCACAGCCAGAUGUGCGAUAUGACUGCUUUGGGCAUUGGCCACUUCACUGUGACAAGCGAGGCCGAUGCAAUUACUGUCCAAAGGGCGUCUCAAGAUGGAAAUGCCAAAAAUGCAAUGUUUUCUUGUGCUUGAAUGCCAGUCAGGAAUGCUUUGCAGUGUACCACCAGAAGAUCUAAUCAUCAAGGGGUAUUGGUGAAGUUGCAUGAACGGCAAAAGAAAAGAGCCAGAACUGUUUCAGUGUGUUCUCAAAUUUUUCAGUGCAAAAUGGCAAUGGUAUAUAAUAUACCACCAGAAUUUUCUGGAAAA